AAACCGUCACACGUACACCCCUAAUAAAGUACACAAAACUAAAGGGGUUUUGGCAAAUGAUUCUUAGCUUCACCUAGUAGUAAGUACACCGAUCCUCAUAGGUUGUUUCUUCUUCUUCUUCUUCUUCUGUUCUCUGUUCUGCGCACGACCCCUUCCUAGCUGCUAUCGUACGCAAUUCUGAUCGCGUCAUCAUACGAAUGCACUCAUUGCACUAACUAAGAUAGAAGGAGAAUAUGGCUGAUCUAUUUGCGUGGCUCUUCUCCUUCUUCGCCCUUAUUGCCUUAAUUGUACUCGUCAUUUACCAGUUAAUGUGCCUGGCAGACCUUGAAUUUGAUUAUAUAAAUCCUUAUGAUUCUACAUCUCGAAUAAACAAAGUCGUUUUGCCUGAGUAUAUUACAUUAGGUGUCCUUUGCUGCUUCUACCUUGUCACAGGACACUGGAUAAUGUCACUGUUCUGCGCUCCUUACGUCUACUAUAAUGUGAGAUUGUAUAGGCAAGGAAAGCAUUUGGUUGAUGUUACAGAGAUAUUCAACAUGCUAGCUUCGGAAAAGAAGCAACGGCUGUUCAAACUCUUCUAUCUAAUAUUUAUCCUAUUCCUCUCCUUGUUUUGGUUGAUCUACACAUCGUUGGACGAUGAUUAUGAUUAGUUGGUGUUGAUUGCUUGUUUUGUGGAAUGCUUUCUAGAAGUGAGCUGCCAGACAUGUGCAAAUGAGAGUAGCUAAUUAUUUCCCAUAUUUAACGGUCUAUUAUGGACUAACUUGUACUCUAGGUCUGCAGUCGCCGGUGUUUCGGUUUGUUGGACAAUAAAACAUCCGUGUCUGUACAUUGUUAUUCUUAAAUCUGUUUUAUUGUGCGAUUUUUGUUUCUGUUUUUGCCGUACUUAUCAUUGUACCAAAAAUAAAUGAUGAAGGUGAAAUGCUAUUUAAAAUUUGUUGAA